CACAAACCAAACAAAUACUAAUACUAAUAAAUAAUUAAGGCAAUUAAUUUUAAUUAUAAGCAUUGCUAAUUGAAGAGUCAAUUGAUCAAUCAAACAAAAUCAACCUCUCCACAAGUAAUUUCUUCCUGACCUGAAAACUAGCCGCUCAUCUCCAAGUUCUCUGUGACUUUUCCUGUUUUCUUUCUUGCUUUCUUUCUUUCUUUCUUUUUCUUGGCCAUUCUUUAAAUUUUCUCACACUUUCUUUUCACUUCCAAGAAAAUCCCACCUUUUGUAAAUUACAUUUGAUAUUUCUUUUACAUAAUAGACAAUAAAUAUAGAGCUCAUUGUUUUUCUGGGUUUAAAUUUUGUGAUAAGGAGUUUUUUUGGAUUGGAUGGGCAUGACUCAUUAUUGAAAAUGUAAGAUGAGCCUUAAAGAGAAGGCAAUCCAAGAAAUAAUAGAGGAAGAUGAAGAUUCCAUGAAACAAAAGCCAUGGAAGUGGUACCUGGUUCAGUUGGGACUAAUGCAAGUUUUUCUUUGAGAUUGGGACAGGCUAUUUUCUCUUCUGCUUCUCUGUUUUUCAUGUCUAUGGGUAUUCAGUUCUACAGCUACACUGCCUUCUGCUACCUGGUUACAAUAAUGGGUUUGGCAAUUCCAUGGAGUUUCACAUUAGCUAUAGUUGAUGGAUACUCUGUUUUUGUGAAAUGCCCUAUCAGACAACAAGGAAUACUAAUGAUCAUUAUAGUUGGAGAUUGGGUUUUAUCAGUUCUUAUUCUUGGUGCAGCAUGUUCAACAGCUAGCGUUGUGGAUGUUCUACUUCAUUCUAAUGGGUCAUAUUGCCCUCCAAGGGUUUGCAGUAGAUAUCAAAUAUCUGCUGCUAUGGCCUUCUUGUCUUGGUUUCUUACCAUGUCUUCCUCUCUUUUCAAUCUUUGGUUACUCCCUUCCUUGUGAUUUUUUUUACCCUUUUUUAAGUAUCCCAAUACCAAAAAUUUUGAGAUUUUUUUAAUGAUUUUUGUAAUCCAAAUUCUACAUCAGUUUUUUUUCAAAUGCUGAGAGCAAGUGUGAAAUUAUAUAGGUACUAUUUUGUAA